AUGGCCUUUAGGUGCCCAUCGUCUUUGACAAAACUGGACGGUUCCUCGCCUCGAGUGUGUGCGCCAUACCUGCAAGCACGCUCCUACGCCGCCCCAUACCUAGAUCCCUACUAUCAGACCUAUGCAGCGCCGUACGUCGAGAAGGCCAAGCCGUACGCCGACCGAUUCGAGAAGCAGGUCUACACCCCAGCGGCGAAGUUCACUGCCGAUAAAUACGCGACCUAUGGCGCACAUAGGGUCGAGCAAGCGAAGAAGUAUUCCAACGCACAGUGGGACAAGUCAGUCCGACCUCAGCUACAGACGGUCCAGGACAAAGUCAAGGGCCAGUACGACCUGUAUCUUGGACCUCACGUCAAAACUGCCUCUGACGCUGCUGCGCCCUACUACGACCAGGCAAAGGCCAGCCUGGAAGAGAUUUACCACCUAUCGGUUUUGCCCGCGUACGAGGCUUCCCUGCCUUAUAUGCGCAAGGCUCAUACACACGGUCACCACGUGGUCGUCAACUACGUGUUCCCCUAUGUUCGCUCGGUCAAGGACGCGACCUUUGCUUUCCUGGUGAGGACUGUAUGGCCUCAGGUGCGCGUGCUGUACGGAGACAAUGUCGAGCCGCAACUGGUUCGCAUAUCCGAACGCUUGGGACGCUACCGUGAUCAGAAGAAGGUUGAGUCUGUCGUUAAUAGCAUCGAGUCUGACUUCACCACCACUACCGAGUCCACCACAGAGGCACCCGCUAUGACAGUUUCCGAAGCUGCGCCAGUUCCAACCACCAAGUCCGGCUGGGGCGUGUUUGACGACCUCUUUGGAGCUGAUCCGUCUUCUUCCACGGCCUCUGACGGGGUUGAAACCAAACCGUCUGCUACAAGGCCUGUCAAGUCCCAGCCGACUGGCGAAGAGCUUAAGAAGAUGCUCAACGAAGAUCUACGGAAGUGGCAGACGAAGUUUGCCACGGCUGCCGACAAGGGCUCCGAGGAUUUGGAGCAGCGCGUUGCUGAAAUCACAAAACGACAGGUCGAGAGUGGUGUCAAGGGCCAUGGCCGCGCGCUUGUCGUAAAGCUGGAAGAAACUGCCGACUCGACCGUCGCGAGCCUCAAGAGCUUCAUCAAGCGUACUGUAGAGUCAGUUCCCGAGGAUGCUACGGACGAGGACCUUGAGGCGGCGCACGCGAAAUGCAGCGCGAAGACACGUGAACUGGGUCUCUCGGUAAAAGAGAGGGCUCAGGAUGUCCGCGCCUGGAAAGCCAACUACGAUCAAGAGACUGAUUCUCUGGUGAAGGCAGCCGUCAAAAGCACUGUUGUAGUGCUUGACAAGAUCCAUGGUCUUGGUCUGCAGGAGGUAGGCAUGCGCUGGGCUUGGCUCGAUGGCGUCACUUACCAGGACUGGCAAAAUUACCACAAGCUGAGAACUACCCUUGAUGAGUGGCAAGCUGAAGUUGAAGCUGUUGGCUCGCAACACGACGGACUCCGCAUAGCUCACGAGGAGGCCAAGAAGCUUGAGGACGAGGCCAUGGAAGCCUCCACCAGGAUGGUCAGCGAGCUCAUCCGUUUAAAGGACGUCGCGAAGUGGAAACUGUGGGCUAACGAUGCUACUGAUGACUUUUCGAAUAAGCCUGUACCAGCUCGUGUGUAUAAGGCUGCGCAACAGGUGUCAUCUCAGGUGUCUGAAGCUAUCCAGGGCUCAUCAACGCCCAUCAGCGAAAGCGUCGCCUCCGCCAUUAGCUCUGCCUCAUCUCAAGCCUCGGAGGCUAUCCAGGCUGCACCAUCGCACGCGUCCGAGGCAGCAAGCAGCCUGUCCUCUGGAGCCUCUGAGGCUAUUCAGGGCUCAUCAACACCUCUGAGCGAGAGUGCCGCUUCUUCUAUCGAAUCGCUGUCAUCUCAGGCCUCUGAGGCGCUCCUGGGUAGCGAAACGCCCAUCGCCGAGAGUGUGGCCUCGUCGGUCUCAAGCGCCGCUUCUGCGGCGUACGAGUCGCCAAAGAAGGUUUUUGGUGGAGCCAACGCUCAAAUCCUCGCGGAAGCCAAACAGGUCAUCUUCGAUGAGCCUCUCGACGACGGCGACGACGACGAUGAUACUGUCGCGAAGUACUCCAGGAAGCUGCAAAAUGUUGUCGCAGAUGCUGGAGACCGUGCAGAAGAAUUGAGCCGUGCUGUCAGCGAGGCCCUUCUAGGUGCAACCAAGACCCAAGGAACCGUCGAAUCCGCCACUUCUCUGGCCAGUGAACAAUAUGAGAGGGCCUUAGCAGCUGCCUCCAGCGUGCUCUACGGUACUCAGCAGCCAGUCGUGGAAAGUGCCACCAGCGUUGCAUCGGAGCGAUUUGCCCAGGCCGUCACCGCCGCCUCCUACGCCAUGUAUGGCACUCCGACCCCAACAGCAAUCAUUCACACAGUCCAAGUUCAGGCAAGCUCUCGUUACAGCGACGCACUGCGUCUGGCUAGCGAACAGUACGAGAACGCCAAAUCGCAGGUUUCCGUUCUUGCCUCUGGUACACCGAAACCCGCCCAUGAAUCGCUGCUGUCAUACUUCGAGAAGGCGUAUAGCGAUUCUGUUGAUGUUGCAAGCGAGCGUCUAUCCGCGGCUUUGCAAUACACCGAUUCUGUGAAGAGCUACGCGGCUGGCCCUACACAGGGCUACUUCGAGUCAGUCUCAUCCAUUGCGUCGUCUCGCCUGUCGGAUGGCCUAAGUCAAGCUUCUGCCCAGUUCAGCCAACCCACUGGUGGCGCAUCGCGUCAGUACUACGAGGCCAUCGGACUGGCUCAUGCACGCUACUCAGAGUUUGUUGGUGCUGCAUCAAGCGCGGUCCUCGGCAUCCGCAGCAUCAUUGGCAUCUGGAGUAUCAAGCUCAGCUCAAUCUAUCGCCUCCCAAUUGGCACUGAGACCCCAUGGUCCGAGUCAGUCGCCUCCCAGGCCAGCAUCAAUUGGGAGAGCCUCAUCGCUAAAGCCAGCGAUCAAGUUUACGAAUCUGUGUACUCGCAGGCCGGUGCCUAUGGUGCUCAAGCCACUGUCGCUGCCGCUCAGCAGUAUGCCGAUGUCUCGGCGCUCAUAUCAGAGCUUGUCAUCGGCAAGGAGCCCGCAUUCACUGAGAGCAUCAUGGUCCGCUUGUCCUCGGCAUACUAUACCGGUGUCCCAGCUGCUGUUCAAUCCGUGCAGUCAUAUGCUGAGGACAAUUUCGAUGCCGCCAGUUCCUACGCCGCGGAUGCUUACUCCUCUGCAUCAUCGGUUGUUAGCUCCAUCUUCACACCGCCUGCAGCCAUUGAGACCAUAUUGAGCCAGGCCAGCGCACAGCUCGAUGCCGCUGUGGACAGUGCCUCCAUCGCCGUUUACGGUACACCCAAGGGUGCGGCUGAGCAGGCUAGCGAGUCUGUCGCGAGCGCGUACUCUUCGAUACAGUCACAGAUCAGCGUGAAGGUCUACGGCACCCAACAGGCCCAGGAUAGUUUCACGUCUGCCGCAGCUAGCGCACAGCAGGCUAUUAGUCAGGCAAUCUUCGGCACUCCCACAGCAGGAGAUUACGUUGCUUCAGCCACCAGCGGCGCAGGUAAUGUGUACUCGUCCAUUGCAUCGGUUGCCAGCGAGAAUGCAGACUACGCAUAUUCUGCUGCUAGCGAGCAAGCUUCCAAGGUCGCAUCCGCCGCCAGCUCUGCCAUCUACGGACCUGAACAGGGCGCCAUGGAGUCUGCCAGCAGCCGAAUCGCCCUCGCGGUCGAAGCUGCCAACUCCCGCAUCAGCGAAAUCUACGCCCAGGCUUCCAAGGGCGCCGAAGGUGUUGCCAGCACAGUGAGCAGCGCCGCCACCCAGGCCACUCAGCGCGUCAAGGACGAGUUGUAA